AGUGACUCGAAAACGCAUAGAUCCGAUUACAGUACCCGAUUAAGUUACUGCAAUAAUGGGGGAUGCCGUCUCGACCUAGCUCCGAGUUUCUGUACUUGGGCACUAUGGUCAAUUCACAUGGAGGAGGAAUCGAUUCGCACAAUCCGCAAAACCCUCGUGUUAGCAGUAUCUCCACGAGCUCGGGAACGUCGCUGAAAAUGGAGUCUCCGGAGCUCCGCCCGUUAGCGCCGCUUCACGGGGAGAGCUUUGAGCGCAAUUACGGGACUACGGAGCUUGGUUCCGAAGCGGACGAAGAAGAUGACGUGUUUUAUUCUCCGAAAGGGUCAUUGGGAGAUAGAGAGAGCUCGAUCGGAACUGGAUCGGCUUCCAGGAGGGCGUUCUCCGCCGUCGAGGUCGACAAUUUCGAACCGUCCGGCUCAUCAUCUUCUUCUUUCUCUUCGUCGAGCUCAGGUUCGGGUUCGGGCCCGCCCAAGAAGUCAGUGUCUCUGAGCAUUUCCCCGCCGGUGAGUUUGAGCCCCAAUAGCUCAAGGUCCAAGUCACCUGAAUCGGCUGCUAUUCAGACUGCUCCUCUUCCUCCUCCGCCGCCGCCGCCGGUCUACGUGGCACAUUGGGUGUAUGCGAGAGAAUCUGAGUCACCUUCGCCAGCUAGCUCAUCCUCGCCGGAGAGGGGUUCGAGAAGAAGCCCAGAUUCGUCUCCUGGAACUUCGGGCAUUUGGGAUCAGAGCAUAAAGUCGCGUCUUCGUGGAAUCAGCAACCAUUAUAUGGAGUCUCCAGCGAGAAUGACGAGUACGCAUUUGGAAUCUCCUUUGAGAAUUACCAUCGCCGGUACGGAGUCCCCGGCUAGAAACAGCUUUGGGACGGAAUCUCCGGCGAGAGCCAGCAAUUAUGUGCGGCAGAGUAUCCCAAUUUUUGCUCCACCAUUCCCUCCGCCGCCACCAGUACCCCCUACUACUCUUCGAGCUCGUGCACCUCCACCUCCACCGCCUCCUCCUCCUCCUCCUCCUCCUCCUCCUCCUCCAAGUAAACAGUUGGAAACUCCAAAGACUCCUAGCAUUAAGCCUCAAAAACUAGUAUCUGAACCCCCAGCUCUAGUGACUCUAAGACCCAUUGAAAUGGAGAGUCCACCAUUGAUUUCUCCAAUGCAGUUGCCUCCUAAUUCAGAGUGUAAUGCACAGAAUGUUGAAGGCUGUACUACUGAGAGUGUAGAGAAGAAUGAGGAGAUACUGAAACCGAAAUUGAAACCAUUGCAUUGGGAUAAAGUUAGAGCAAGUUCAGCUCGCGAAACCGUGUGGGAUCAACUGAAAUCAAGCUCAUUUAAGGUGAAUGAGGAGAUGAUUGAGACACUCUUUGUUGCAAAUGCUCCAAAUUCAAGUUCAAAUCCAAAGGAAACAACCCAACGCCGAGCUCUUUCUUCAGCCAGCCAAGAAAACAGGGUUCUUGAUCCGAAGAAGUCACAGAACAUUGCAAUUUUGUUGAGGGCGCUAAAUGUCACCAUUGAGGAAGUAUGUGAAGCUCUUUUAGAAGGCAAUGUUGAUGCCCUUGGGACUGAACUUCUUGAGAGCUUGAUGAAAAUGGCUCCAUCUAAAGAGGAUGAGCGUAAGCUUAAAGAAUACACAGAUGAUUCGCCAUUCAAACUUGGGCCGGCUGAGAAAUUUCUUAAGGCAGUGCUAGACAUACCUUUUGCGUUCAAAAGAAUAGAUGCAAUGCUCUACAUUUCGAAUUUUGACACCGAGAUCAACUACCUCAAAAAGUCACUUGAAACUCUUGAGGCUGCAUGCGAAGAGUUGAGGAGCUGCAGGAUGUUCUUAAAGCUUCUGGAGGCCGUUCUGAAGACUGGGAACCGCAUGAAUAUUGGGACAAAUCGCGGAGAUGCACAUGCGUUCAAGCUCGAUACUCUCCUCAAGCUCGUUGAUGUCAAGGGGGCUGAUGGGAAGACAACUCUCUUGCAUUUUGUUGUUCAGGAGAUAAUAAGAAGUGAAGGUGCCCGUCUUGCUACAGCAAACCAAAACGAAAAGACAGCUUUAAAUGAUGAUGCAAAGCACCGGAGGCUUGGCCUCGAAGUUGUCUCCAGCCUCAGUUCAGAGCUAAAAAACGUGAAGAAAGCUGCUACCAUGGACUCAGAAGUCCUCCACAGCGAUGUCUUAAAGCUCUCAAAGGGGAUUUCUAACAUUGCAGAGGUUGUACAGCUGAAUGAAGCUAAGGUAUUGAACGAAAGUAGCACCCACAAGUUUUCCGAAUCAAUGAACAGGUUUACGAAAAUGGCAGAGGAGGAGAUUAUAAGGCUCCAAGCGCAACAAAGUGUAGCUAUUUCUCUAGUCAAGGAGAUAACCGAGUACUUCCAUGGGAAUUCAGCCAAAGAAGAGGCACACCCCUUCAGAAUCUUCAUGGUGGUGAGGGACUUCCUAGUGAUUCUCGAUCGUGUGUGUAAUGAAGUCGGAAUGAUAAAUGAGAGAACAAUAGUGAGUUCAGCACAUAAGUUUCCAGUUCCAGUAAAUCCCAUGCUGCAUCCAGUUGUUACUGGUGGUGGAGGAUUCCCCGGGAGACCGCAGCUCAACUCCUCUGAUGAUAGCUCUUAGCACGAGAAAACCCUAAAAAAUUUCCCUUAUCCAACUAGGAGCUUGCCUGAGAAUGAGUCUGCCAACACACUUUAUAGGUACCAUUUUUUUUUUGUAUGUAUUAUAGAUAUAUCAUGUAAAAAAGAUUUUGGAAAUAAUUGUCAAAGUAGAUGUAUAUAGAGAAGAUUUUACUUGCAGAUUGUAUGGAAAAAACAAGGAAUCAAAUUAGGUUUAAGAGGUAGGAUGAUGAUCUGUUUAGAUUUCAGAACAUAUGCAGGCUGAAGAAGGAAUGCAAGAUUGACUACUGCACAUUAUUGGGCAUAUGCAGUUAUAAAUUUCAGGUUGAUACCCAAA